ACGCGCACUCGCCGCAUCGCCGUCUUGUUCCAGGCUUCAUAUUCUCUCCACGUUCAAAGCCAAAUCCACUCUUCCAGCUCAUCACACAUACCUUGCCCGGAUUCCCCGCUUUCUUCUCAAUAAAGCAUUUUCUGCGACCAAACCAGCCCCAUUUUCAUCCUCUCCAGCUUUACCAUCCCCGUAGCCAAGAAACACCCCGCGACCACGAUCUUCUUGCCGGCGGCAGCAGCAGAACCUAAUGGAAGGGUUCGAUGACCCUUCCCCCGCUGCCGCCGCCGCCAAGAAGCCCUUCCUCCCACGAUCCCUCACCUACCACCACACAUUCCACCGCCGCGCCCGCGAAGUGUCACGCCCGUUCUGGAAGAACUUAGCCGACGGCAAUCCCAAGCUUUCCACCGCCGAUUCCGGAGUCGUCGUUUACACCACUUCGCUGCGUGGAAUCCGUCGAACUCACGAGGAUUGCUGCGCCGUCCGCUCCAUCCUCGGCGGCUUCCACGUCGCGGUUGACGAGCGGGACGUUUCCAUGGACGCGGCGUACCGGGCUGAGCUCCAGGGGCUGGUCGGCGGGAAAGGGAGGCCGGUGUCACUGCCACAGGUGUUCUUGCGCGGUCGCCACAUCGGCGGGGCGGAGGAACUGCGGCAGCUUCACGAGGCCGGGGAGAUGGAGAGGUUGCUUGAGGGGGUUCCCCGGCAAGAUCCGUCGUUCGUGUGCGGUGGUUGCGGCGGAGUUCGUUUCGUACCAUGCUGGGAUUGCAGUGGGAGCCGGAAGGUCUUCGUGGAGGACGAAGGAAGACUGCGGCGGUGUGAGGAGUGCAACGAGAAUGGAUUGGUACGAUGCCCUAACUGUUGUUCUUCUUUCCGCUGAAAAAAAAGGUAAAAAGAUUAUUGGGGAACUAGAUGACCUGCAAAAGCAUUUGACAUGCAAAACAAAAUGUCAUUAGGUUUUUCCUCGCUUCAUAUUGGGGAUUAUUGGAUGUAGAGCCAUUCUUUCUUUCUUGAAGUGAACUUGGUAGCAGAUCACUAAUGGGCAUGUAAAUGGGAAGGGUGAAAUACAGUUUUAGAAAGUAUAUGACAAUUAUAUGCAGUAGAUGUUCAAAAGGUGGACAUUUAGAUCUCUGUCCUUUGGAAUUGUGUGUUCAUGCAUGCUAUGCGCAUAAGUUUUAGAAAUUUCCUA